CAAAUCAUACAAUUCAGAUCUUUAAAUAAAUACUGAAAAAAAUCCGGACCUGGAACUUCAAAAUUGGUAGCAACAGUGUAUUCUAGAAAGGAUAGGUUUGAUUUGACUUGAAAAUUAAAUUAAAAUGGAUUGGGACUGCAAUUUUACGAAUUUGGUUGCUCUGGUAUUUCUGGGAUUUUCCUUAUUUCUGUAUUUUCAGUUUCAAUCUCCAUCUUCUUCGGGCCACAUUCAUGGCUUGGCUGAAGACGCUUCCCUAAAGUCCAUAUACCACUUCACGGUCAAGGACAUUCAUGGGAAUGAUGUAAGUUUAAGUGAAUAUGAGGGGAAAGUUCUCGUGAUUAUGAAUGUUGCUUCAAAAUGUGGUUUAACGCAAUCAAACUAUAAGGAGCUCAAUGUUUUGUAUGAAAAACACAAAAACAAAGGUUUUGAGAUAUUAGCAUUUCCUUGCAACCAGUUUGCAGGACAAGAACCUGGAACCAACAAACAGAUUCAGGAAGCUGCGUGCACAGUGCUUAAAGCAGAAUUUCCUAUUUUUGAUAAGGUUGUAAAUACUUUUCCUUUGUUAAUGUUAUUGUAUCUUUCAUUCUUUGCUUUUGGAUCAAAGUGCACUUACAAUUUAUUGUUUCCCUCUUACAAUAAGCAAUGUUAGUAUCUUGAACUGCA